AUGGAGAACUACCAGAAAAUGGAAAAGGUCGGCGAAGGCACAUACGGAGUUGUGUACAAGGCGCGCGACCUCAGUACACCCGAUCAUCGUAUCGUCGCGCUGAAGAAGAUUCGCCUCGAAGCCGAGGAUGAAGGCGUCCCGUCAACUGCGAUUCGCGAGAUCAGUCUGCUCAAGGAGAUGAACGRCCCAAACGUACUGCGCCUGCUCAACAUCGUACACGCCGAUGGACACAAAUUGUACCUGGUCUUUGAGUUCAUGGAUCUCGAUCUGAAGAAGUACAUGGAAGCACUUCCUGUCGCUCAGGGUGGACGUGGCAAGCCCCUUCCUGAGGGCGUGUUGGAAGCCAAGGGUCACCAGGGACUGGGCGAGGCGGUGGUCAAGAAGUUCACACUCCAGCUGCUGCAGGGCAUUCGCUACUGCCACUCACACCGUGUCCUCCAUCGCGACCUCAAGCCACAGAAUCUCCUCAUCGACGCAGACGGCAACCUCAAAAUUGGUGAUUUUGGUCUCGCGCGCGCAUUCGGCGUCCCACUACGCACCUACACCCACGAAGUCGUCACACUCUGGUAUCGAUCCCCAGAGAUUCUGCUUGGUGGCCGACAAUACAGUACAGGUGUCGACAUGUGGUCCAUUGGGUGUAUCUUCGCCGAGAUGGCGACCCGUAAGCCGCUCUUCCCCGGCGACUCGGAGAUUGACGAGAUCUUCAAGAUCUUCCGCGUUCUGGGCACACCGAGCGAGCAGGACUGGCCAGGUGUGACAUCCUUCCCCGACUUCAAGGCGAGUUUCCCCAAGUGGGAGCGUAAGCAGGAUGACGAGCUGGUCAGUGCGGAGGCUGUCAAGAUAUUAGGCGAGGAGGGUCUGAAUUUGCUGGAUGCUCUGCUCGUGUUCGAUCCCGCUGGACGCAUGAGCGCGAAGCAGGCAGUGCACCACGCAWACUUCCAAGACGGCAGCACGACGUAA